CACCCCAUGAACUUCGUGCUAACAGGUAUCCCAGGGCUAGAAGCAGCACACAUGUGGAUCUCCAUCCCUUUUGUUCUUAUGUACCUUCUGGCUGUAGUGGGCAAUGCCCUGGUGAUGGUUGUGAUAGCCGGGGACCGGAGUCUCCAUGAGCCCAUGUACAUCUUCUUAGCCAUGUUGGCACUCAAUGAUGUCAUCCUCUGUACAGUCACUGUACCAAAAAUGCUUGUUAUCUUUUGGACAGGUCCAACUAUCUCCACUUUUGCAAGCUGCCUCACUCAGAUGUUCUUUGUUCAUGCUUUGUUCCUCUCAGAAUCAGCUGUACUCCUUGCCAUGGCCUAUGACCGCUAUGUUGCCAUCUGUACACCUCUUCACUAUACUUCUCUAUUGACCAUAUCUAUCAUUGGGAAGCUAGGUCUGGCCCUGGUAGCUCGGAGUGUGGUUGUGGUUGUUCCUGGUGUCCUCCUUAUCCUUCGUCUGCCCUUUUGCCGGACCAAUGUCAUCCCUCACACUUACUGUGAGAACAUGGGCAUAGCCAAACUGGCUUGUGCCAGUAUCAAAGUUAACAGUGUCUAUGGGCUUACAGCAGCCUUCCUUACCACAGGCCUGGACUUCAUUCUUAUUGCUAUCUCCUAUGGGCUAAUUCUCCGAGCAGUGCUAGGACUGCCCUCACGUGAAGCCCGAGCAAAGGCCUUUGGGACAUGUGGAACACAUAUUUGUGUUAUCCUAGUUUUCUACACACUGGCCUUCUUUUCUUUCUUCACCCACCGCUUUGGUCCACGUGUUCCCCACCAUGCUCAUAUUCUCCUUGCCAAUCUUUACCUACUGGUACCUCCUACAAUGAACCCCAUUGUCUAUGGGGUGAAGACCAAAGAAAUACGAGUGCGUGUCCUAGGUCUUUUUCACCAGCCAAAGUCUUCUUAA